GCCCGCCUCCAAGUGGCUCGCAGCAUGCUGGCAGCAGUAGAGCCCACCAUCCACAGCGCUUCAAGUCUUCAGCCCAUGCUCCCGGAAGUAACUGCCCCGCGCUCCGGAAGCGAUCGGACGGGCGGCGAGCGCCCUCCGCCUAGCUUUCGGUGUGAGACGUAGAGUCGAGCGAACGCGGCGGCGAACGAGAUGCCGGUGGCCGUGGGUCCCUACGGGCAGUCCCAGCCCAGCUGCUUCGACCGUGUGAAGAUGGGCUUUGUCAUGGGUUGCGCCGUGGGCAUGGCGGCCGGGGCGCUGUUCGGCACCUUCUCCUGUCUCAGGAUCGGAAUGCGGGGUCGGGAACUGAUGGGCGGCAUUGGGAAAACCAUGAUGCAGAGUGGCGGCACCUUUGGGACAUUCAUGGCCAUCGGAAUGGGCAUACGAUGCUAAUCAGGGCAGUGAUUGCCGGCUACAUCUAUACUUUGCCAUCCAUUUCGACCCUUGUACAAUAAAAGUUUUUUCUUCUCA